CUCACUCUACCGCUCCGCUUCAAGAAAAUAUUUAUAAGAUGAAGACAAGAAAUACCCAAAAACUUCUUCUCUCUGUUGUUGGUAACAAUGGAAAAUGUUGUUAUUCCACAACAAAUAGUAAUCUUUCAUUGAAUGCUCUUAGACAACAUCUUUCGAACCAACAACAAUCAAUGGAAAAAGCUAAAGUCUCCUACAAUGAAAAAGUUGUUAAUAACGCUGUUAAUUUAUAUGAAGAUAGAAAAGGUGAUGAAGCUAAACACAACUGGAGUCUUUCUAAAGGAUUAAUUUUCCCACAAUAUGAUGCUUAUCGUAACGCUGAUAAUGAAACUUUAUUGAAAAAGUCUUUUGGACAAGUCGACAGUGAAAAACAAUUCUUGAAAGUCAAGGAAAUUGCCAGUACCGAGUAUGAUAAGUAUGUUGCCCAUGCCGACAAAACUACACCUCUUGUUACAUAUACUGCCAAGGAUGAAAAGUUCCACAAGCGUUCACAACGUGAAGUUGGCUGGUAUUUGUCAUAUGCUCCAAACUCUUUCACUCAAGAUGGUUGUUUUGGUUCUGCCAAUCAAAACACUUGUCUUGUUAGAGUUGUUACUGAUAAUAGUGUUUCUGGCUUGUUUUUGAAGAAUAUGAUCUUGCCAACUAGAAAAUUGGAUUCCUCUGUUUUCAAAUAUGAUUCUCUCGUUCUUCACACUCCAGGUUUCCAAUUUGUUCCAACUCACGUUGUUCAAGAAUUUGGUGGUCCACUUCCAAAAGAUUUGGGUUUGACAAAGGAACAAUUUGUUUUUGAAAAUGAUCAAACCAAUUCAUCAGUAGUCAGUGGUGUUUUUAAUCAAAAUGUAUUGUUGGAUAAUCUGGCCUUCUUUGGUGCUAGAACCAUUUUCACAAAGAGUGGAGGAGCUGCUAUUGUUUUGCCAUCUGAUUCUUUCAUCAAUAGUGACAAGUCAUCAACAACUUUAAUUAUUAAUUCUAAUAAUAUUACUCGUACAGCUUUGACUGCUAGUAAUAUUACAUUAUACGGAGCUCACUACAAUGUUCUCUCUGAAUUAGGAUUGAGUAGAGGUGUUGGUGGUGUUUUGGUUGAAGUUGACGUUAACUCUGAAUUGGCCAAGUCUCUCAAGAAGGGUGAUUUGGUUGAAGAAUCUGCUGAUGGAAAGACUGUCAAGAUUUCCACCAAAGUUUCUUCUACUGUUUUACCAAAUAUUGCACACACUCCAAAGAAUAUUGUUUUUGUUGUUGAAGAUGCCAACUUUAUUGUUCCAGUCCUUGGUAAGGUGAAGAAUGCUCAACAAUUCUUCCAAUCUGGUUUGGUUUCUGUUGGUAAGGACGCUACUUUCAACAAGUCAUUCACUACUUUCGGAGCUCAAAGAGCUUAUGCUGAUGCCAAACAAGUUGCUGAAUCAUUUGCUAAACUUAACAAGGCUGCUAAUGUAUACAUUGUCAAUGGAUCGUAUGAUGCCACCAAGAUUCAACAAGCUCUCUCUUUGAUUUCAUCCGGUGAAGCUGCCUCCCUCAAGGAAGAUCUUUCAAACUCUCUCUUCUCCACUCUUUCUCACAAAAGUCUUGAAAAUAAGGCUUGGAAGGAUCAAUCCAAGUAUGCUGCUGCUAUUAAGCAACUCGAAGAAAACGUUUCCAAAAGUUUGUAAAGGGAAUUUUAAAAUAUAAUAAAAAGGGCCCAGACUAUAGAAUAUAAAGUUCUUCCCAACCAAAUAAAAAAACAAUAAAUUAAAAAAAUUAAUUC